CGUGACGCAAGAAAGCGCGAAGUUCAGACAACCAGAUUAAUAUGGCUGCCUGCUCACCAUUAUUAUGUUGUCUAACAUUUGCAAUGUUUUUGAUCCUUUAAUGCAUAAAAUGAGCAACUGAUUUAACGUUUGGAGUAAGAUAAAUACCCGAUUGUGCUCUAAAGAUGAAACAUUGGAUUGAAACUCGUCAAGAAGUACUUUUAAUCGCAACCGAAAGAUGACAGGUCUGAGCCAAGUGAACUUCGACGUGCAGGGUCUAGGGGAUGACGAGGAAGAACAGCUUAAUAAAGAAGAUGCAGAAAGGGAACGUGAGCUUCAUGAACUGCUCACUAACGAACUACCUGAUGACCUCCUGGAUGACGACAAUAUUUCAUUCACAUCCCCGCAUCAUAGUGGUUCUACCAAUGACCAUGAAACACAUGAUUUUGUGUCUGACCAAUCAAGUGAACGGCAACACUCCAAUAAAACAGAAGACGUACACAUGGUAGGAUCAUCACACAUACAACCUGGUUACCCACAAAUGAAUAAGAUAUCCAUGCUUCUAACACGUCGUGGUGAAGAAUUCAUUCAAAGGUUUACAACCAGUCCGCCGCCAGAUAGCCCAUACCAUCCCCAAUCAUCAACUAGUCAUCUUCAUCCAUCUGCAGAAUCAUUGCCUAGGGGUUACCAUGAGGGUAGUUAUGGUUACAUGCAGGGUCAAGGUGGGUUUACCAAGGAUAAUGAUGAGCAUCAAAGACGUUAUACAUACCAUGCUGGUGAUGAUCCAGUGGUGAGUGAUGGUGAUGAAUAUUAUGGUGGUUAUGAAGAUGCUGGUUAUUAUGGUGUAACAGGAUACCCAGAACAUGAUGAAAACUUCAACCAGGUUGUUUAUACGAAACCAGAAAAUCUACCAAACUUACUGCAGAAUGUCACAGACACAGGAUCAGAUAUGAUUGAUGACUUCAAGGUUCAUUACAAGAGAGGAGAGAAUCUUCAAGUCACAGAGUCACAACAUGAGGCAAUUCAAAACGAGGCAUUAUUAGGUCAUACUUCUGUAUCACCCUCAACUGUUGAACUGGCUCAGUUGCAAAUUCUUCAUCGUGCGCGCAAACGGAAGCUUGAGGAGGUCACAAAUGAGUUGCAACGCAAGGAAAAAGAUUAUGAAAGACAGAUACGAGUUCUGAAUCAUCAGCUAGCAUUGAUGAAAGGUGAACGCGAUGGAAUGGCGUCAAGUUUGCAGCAUGCGCAAGAGAUAGCGACAGGUCGAAAACAGGAGAUGGAUGAACUGGAAGAAAAAGUUCAAAAUUCUGAGUUGGAAAAAGAAAGAAUGCAUAAUGAAAGAAAUGAGAUCGAGUCUGAGUUGGAAUCUGCGAAAAAAACAAUUGAAAGUCUUCAUCAGCAGCUCAUGGAGUUAGAGAAAUCCGAAUCCUUGUCCCGUGCACGUGAACAACACGAGAACGUUGUCAUGGCAACCAAGAAAAGAUACGACGAAGACAUUGCUCGUCUUAAACAGAAACUUGACGAUGUGAAUAAUUCGUUGACGUGGAAGGAUGAAGAAUCGAAACGUUUGCAUGACGAACUUGUUGAAGCAAGAAAAGAGUCUGAUCGCGUGAGACUGGACCGAGCUGAGACUGUUAACAGAUUGACAAAGAGCCUGGAACAAAGUCAGAAACAAAAUGAAGAAUUGUUAAAUUCUGGUUCAACUCAAGAGAUCUCUCAACUUCAACGUCAGCUUGGUCUCACCCAACACGAGAAGGAAGAUUUAGAAGAACACUACAAAGCAAUGGAGAGCGAUCUUGCUGAUAUGAAAGAACAACUCCGUAUUUAUGAAUCGAUGUCCAAACUGGGUUUCACGAGCGACGCAAACGAUGGUGUGCGACGAAACUUGGAGGCGGACCAGUGGAGGACACCAUCUCAAACCACGCUUUUGGAAAGUAAAUUUUCAACAGAAGAAGCAUUGGUUGGUCUUCAAAAAGAGCUCCAGCAUUCCCUCGCAUCCAAUCGAACGAAGCGAGAAGAGAUACAGCAACUUCGUGUCCAGUUUGACGAAGUUAAAAAACACCUCGUCGCCAAAGAAAACGAAAUUGAAAGAAUGGGGUUGCUUGUGAGGAAACAGGAGAUACGAGUUUUGGAACAGGAGAAGAAGAUCUCGGAGUUGGAGGAUCUGAACAGGAAUCCUGAAGAGAGAGAGAAGAAGAAAGACGAUGAAAUACAAAAUCUUUGCGCUUUAGUUGAGGAACAAGGCGUAAAACUUGAGGAAUGUGAGAGACACGAACGAGAGAUGGAGAAUAUGAAUGUACAAUUAAAAACUCAGAUCUCGGAGUUGAUUCGAGACCAUGAUUCUGCCAGGCAGAGCAGUGUAGAACAAUGCAGGCAAUCUUGUCUUGAGUUUCAUGAUCAAGCUAUGAGUAAAAUGAAACAGCAACUAGCCUCAGAACACGAAAAAGAGCUGGCUAAACUAAGACAUGAACUUCAAACAAAAACAACAGCAUUAGAUGAAGUAAAGGAAUCGUACGUGGCACUUAGUGAAGAAUCACGAUGGAUUGAAACACAAACCCGGGAACGAUGUGAGAAAGAAACAAGCGAAAAAAUGAAGGAAGAAAAGAUCAAAUGGGAUGAAGCUAAAACCUGCGAACUGCUCGCACUUCGUCAAACUCUCGCCACAGAAUCGGAAAAGACCGUGGAAAGGGAAAGGGCGUCGUGGCGGGAAAAUGAGGAGCUGAGAAUAAAGAAUAAUGUUGAAACUGAGCUCGCUAUAGCCAAAAUUGAUUGGAAUAAGGAUCAGCAAAAACAUCGGGAUGAAGCGAUUGAGAAUGCUUUGAGUAUGGCCGAGAGAGAGUGGCUGGCGAAAUAUGGAAAACCAGGACAAGAAGAAGAGUGGGAGGCAAGAAUAAAUAGCUUGAAAAAUGAUUGGGAGGAAACAAAAACACGAGAAUUUGACCAGAGAUUAGAAGAGUUACGAACGAAGCUGAUGCAAGAGCAAGUUGAGAACAUGAACGCGGCUCGUCAAGAAUGGGGGAAGUUGAAAGCAGUUGAAAUUGAGCGUGAGAUUGAAAAGUCAAGACGCAACUGGGAAGAAGAGUUAGCGAAGAUUGUGGACGAAGCCGAACUCUCUGCUGUCAAGAAAGCGAAGAUUGAAUGGUUGAAAGGACAAGAAAGUCGGGAGAAAAUAUUCAAAGAAAAAGAAGAAAGCUUAAGCGAGGCUUUGACGGCCGCGAAAGCUGAAUGGGAAAGAGAAAAGGACUUGGAGAUUCCAAACAUCAUCGCGAGGGAAAAGCAGAAAUGGCUAGGUGAUGUUGAGGAGGCGAAACAACAAGCAAUCGAUAGAGCAGUGUCCUUGGCAGAAGAAAAAUGGAAUAACGAACAUACAAACAGGGUGAACAGUGCCGUGAAGGAAGCCUUGGAUCUCGCUGAAGCAGCUUGGAGGAAAGAGAAAGACUCGGCUAUUGAGUCAGCAGUCACUAAGUCGCUUCACUCUGCCAAAGAAACGUGGAAUGAAAAUAAGGCCAAAGAAAUGGAACAAAUCCUUUCUAACGCCAAGAAACAAUGGCUCACUGAACUAAACUUAAAUAAACAGGAAUUGAACACAUCGCCACGUUCAAGAAAAUCCAUUGGUUCUUCAGAGGACGUGAACAAGACGUUUAGUUACCUGGAAGCGCAGUAUUCUACGAACUUGAAAGAAUUCCGAGAAACUGAACUAAAGCGAGUUUUGGAGGAACACCAGAAAAACCUUCUGGACACAGUCGAAGAACUGAAAACGAAGUAUGAAACGAAGUUGAAAGAAGAGGAAACUAAACAUUUGGCAGAGCUUGACAAUGUCAGCAGGAAGUCCCAAGAGGAGAGAGAAAUAGAGUUGAAAGAACUGGAGACUGGAUACCAAAAUAAACUCGAGAAUAUCGUUGAGGAAAUUGAAGGAAAAUGGCGGGAAAAGAAGGCCGCGCUGGAAGAGGAAUGGACUGAGAAGUUUGCAAAACAACAGGAGCAGUUGGAAGCGUCGUAUCGUGAAAAAUAUCAAAAUGAACGCGAAGGUUUGGGUCGACAGAUGCGUGAAAAAUAUGAGAAAGGUGUUGAGCAUGCGCGCAAGAAACUAGAGUACCAGUUUAAGGAGAAGUUACAAAUUAGUCUUGAGCGCGCAAGGCAUGACUGGGAAGCUGAGCAGGAGGAAGAGAGGAUCGCCGUGGAAGAACAACAUUUAGAAAAACUAGAAAAAGAACGAGAAAGAUUGAAGAAUGAGAUCCAGCGUGAGAACGAGGAAAGAAUAUUCCAAAUAGAAAACGAAAAGUUGUUGAAGACAAAGCAUCUGGAAGAACAACUUAAGAACGAGAAAGAACGAUACAAAACGGACAUUGAAAAUCUUCAAAAUGAACUACAUGAUUUGAAACAAAGUCAAAGGGAGUGCAGUGAAACUCUGGUGCGCAAGGAGGAAGAUAGAAAUCAUGAGGCUUCGCAGACUGAUUUGAUUCACGACCAGCCUUGGGUCUCUAUGACUGAGAUCUCUGAUGAUAGUCCGAACUUUGAGAAACUGAACGAGCUCCGUCGGCAGUACCUUGCAACCACUGCGCAGCUCAAAGAAGACUUGAUGAAGCAUGCCAUCGAGACGAGAAAUAAUGCUGCUAAAGCUAUUAGAAGUGAAGUCAUGAAGGAGAGACAUUCAACGGCGAACCAGCUGAGAAAAUAUUAUCUGGAGUGUCUCAAACAGAUCUUGGACGAGGAUAAGGAAGCUUAUAAGAAUAAUCUGCCGACAAGAAGUAAUGAAGACAAGAUAAAGAUUAUGGAAGAAAGAUUGAUUUUACCUGCAGAAAAAAAUGAAACUACAAAAUCACACGAUUCCACUUUGACAAAUGUAUCAUCGCUGCCGGAGGCUGAACCUUAUCCAAUCAGAACCCGCGGUAGAAAUGUAUCACCCUCCAACACUUAUCGCCCUGAUAAAGGUUCUCCUGUACGACGUGACGUCAUUAAAACUAGUUCUAGACCUCCAAGAGGGCGAACCCGAGAUACUCAACACAAGGAUAAAAAUAUUGGACUACAUUCUGACAGAGAAGAGUUUGGAUCAAUUCGCAAAGGUAUUAGUAUCUCUACUGAAUCCAUGGAUUCUAACUUGAGUCUACAACUGGACUUACCCCCCGUUAUAGACUUACUAGGCCAGUCAAGUUCUGACAAUUCCCGGGGGGCUGAGUCGGAGAUGUCUGUCAAUUCAGGAGGGACAUUUGAAAAUGUUGAGAAUUAUACUAAGCCAAGCGAGGCUUCGCAUCAUAGGGCAGAACAUUUUAAAAGCGAGAGAACUGCGAAUCGUGAACAGUUUCACCGCGCGAGCACGCAUUUUAAUGAACGCGAAACGCAUUCACGUCGACGCGCCACGCAUGAAAAUGUACAAGACACGCAUGGAAAGAUACGGGAUGUGCGGUUAAAUAAAUGGGACGGAGAUGGCAGUGACAGACACUUAAACAAACGUUCAACGAAUGAAAAAAUGCAGAACACGCGUUCUCUCAAACACGACGCGCAUUCACCCAAACGGGAAACGCAUUCACCCAAAAGGGAAACGCAAACCAGUAGCAAGGGAGUCUCUCGUCCUGUUAUAAAGACUGGGAAUUCUAAAAAAACGACGUCAUCAUUACGUAGGUCAGUUGCGGAUGUGUUGCCUUCAAAACCUCUCAGUCCAGCAAGCAACUCCCCUGGGACAUUCUCAUAUACCAUGCACUCACAAAGAACAAACAAAUAAUUUAUAUAUAACUGUUAUUUGUCACAUAAUAGACAUAGGAUGUAAAUAUUGUUGCUAACGAUAAUU